AUUAAUGUUUACUGCAAAUUUAAGUAAUUCUGUAAUCAGUUUAUGAACAAUUUUCUUAACAGUUUUCAAAUGUUUCUUAUAUAUAUAUAUAUUAUAAUAUGCGAAGAAAAACAAACUGAAAUGAAUGACAGAUGAGAAAAAUCAGUAACUUAACCAUGUUAUUAAAAUAAUUUGAAGUACAAAAAUGAUUAAUAUGUCAUAUAAAUAUAGGACAAAGAGCACUGCAUAUUUUCGUUUUAGAAUAUCGUAAAAAUUUCGAAUUAUGUCAAACAAUAUCUAUCAUCAUGAUCAAUAUAAGCUUAAUCAAAUAUUCGAGCAAGUAAAAGCUAUUUCGGAGGUAGUGGAUGAACUUAGGAUAGCACUAAAUGAUUUGAAGAAGGCAGUCAUCGAUGUAAAUUGUAAGAGAGUUUUUCUUGAGUCUACAAAAGAAAAUAAUAAAAUUGUCGAAUCGACUGUACUGAGAAAAAUGAAAAAUGAAACGUAUUUUAGAAAUACUGGAACUUGCACAAAGAUCGAUGAAAUGCAUCAGCUCACAGAUAAUACCCAGGCUUGGAGAUGUUGCUCAGUUUCUUCAAAUUAUAUUCAUUCUGAGAGAAAAAGCGAUCAUAAGCCAUCAGCGCAUCCAAUUAGAUCCUUAAUGUACGAUAGCCUAAAAUUAUUUAAGAAUAAAAUUAUAAAAAAUAUACAAAGCAGUCUAAAAACUCGACGAUCACUCGGGAGCAAUGAACAUAAAUGUGUGACGUCCAAUCAACAGCAAUUACAAAUGUGCAUUCUGCAAAAAGAGAAAAAGCAAAAAUCUCUCAAAAAUACAAGGAAUAAAGACAUAAUUAAAGAACACAACACUGACAUCAGCAAAGAAUUAUAUAAUUCGACAGAUAUAUCAUUAACAUUCGACGUUUCUGUACAAACAGAGAUCGCUGUAUGGCAAGAAAACGAGGAAAAUUUAUCCAAUUUUCCAUAUCAAAACGUGAUAAAAAAUACACAAGCAAGGCCGUUAUCAAUGAUAAGCGAUGAUCGUUUUAUGAUUCAUUCAGAUCGGCUCACGGGCGAUUUAUCGAAAAAUCACGCGAAAUAUAUGUUCUUGACGAAUAAAAGAAAAAAAUAUAAAAAAUGUUCGUGCAAAGAACAAUGUCCUUAUGCACUAUACAAAUUGCCGUGCAACAAAUACAAAUGCAGUACACCGACAAAAAAAGUAGACAACGAAAUAAACGGAUUGACAUUCGAGUGCAUAAGUUUCCAAAGAAAGAAUAAUUUGCCGAGAUUUGUAAAUGUUGAUACAGCACGAGAGAAAAGUGAUAGACGUUUCGCGGAUUUUUCGCCUGUUAAAUUUAAAGUGAAUGAAUCUUCAACUUCUUCGCUUUCGGUGGAUCUCGAAGUUAAGAUUCACAAGGAGUAUCCCAAUUCGGAGAACAUCGACGAAUUUUCCAAACGGAGAAGAGCCAGAACGUAUAUUGUAAAUAAAAAAAGUAUGAGAAAAAAUGACUUAAUUAAAAAUUUUGAAAAG